CACUCGCUUCAGGCGGAGGUUUCUGGGCUUCUUCGCUAGACGCACUUCCUUUUUGUCCGACAUCUUAGCGAGGCGAGGUGGUAGCAGUUGCUGUCCCGGCUUCGCUAUGCCGCCUAAGGAUGACAAGAAGAAGAAAGAUGCCGGAAAGUCGGCCAAGAAAGACAAAGACCCAGUGAACAAAUCUGGGGGCAAGGCCAAAAAGAAGAAGUGGUCCAAAGGCAAAGUUCGGGACAAGCUUAAUAACCUAGUCUUGUUUGACAAAGCAACGUAUGACAAACUCUGUAAAGAAGUUCCCAACUAUAAACUUAUAACUCCAGCUGUCGUCUCUGAGAGACUGAAGAUUCGUGGCUCCCUGGCCAGGGCAGCCCUGCAGGAACUGCUUAGUAAAGGACUUAUUAAACUGGUUUCAAAGCACAGAGCUCAAGUAAUUUACACCAGAAAUACCAAGGGUGGAGAUGCUCCAGCUGCUGGUGAAGACGCAUGAACAGGAAUCCAGACUUUUCACCAUGGACUUCUUGAAUCUAAAAAGAAAAAGGGCAAGUCAUUGCCAGUUGUGAAAAGAUCCUCAGUAGAUCUU